GGGGAUCACAAGAGGCCAGAGUGUUUGUAAAUGCCUUCCUGAGGCGCAGUAUGCCGAAAAUGAAAGAUGACGCUAUCCAGGAUAUACUGACCCGGAAAGCUGUAGUCCUGGAGCAUUACUGCAAAAAAAAGACAAAGCAAAAGAGGAAGAAAACAAAAGGUUUUACUGCCAAGCAAAGGCGAGAAAUGCGUCUUUUUGAAAUUGAACCUGAACAGCAAAGAUAUGCCAUCUUCCUACCACUACAUGAACUCUGGAAACAGUAUAUCAGAGACCUAUGUCACGGGCUUAAACCAGAUGCGCAACCACAUAUGGUUCAGAGCAAACUGCUGAAAGCUGAUCUCCAUGGAGCCAUCGUUACAGUCACAAAAUCCAAGUGCCCCUCUUAUGUUGGGAUAACAGGAAUCAUUCUACAGGAAUUUAAACACGUCUUCAAAAUUAUCACUAAAGAGGACAAAUUAAAAGUUGUUCCCAAAUUUAACAAUGUAUUUAGCUUGGAGAUUGACGGAUUCAUUUCCUACAUCUAUGGAAGCAAGUUCCAGCUUAGAGCAAGUGAGCGAUCUGCAAAGAAAUUCAAGCUGAAAGGAACUAUUGACCUGUGAUUUCAUGGAAAAUCAAAAGUAUUGAUAGAAAUGUCUGCUGUUUUCCUGCAAUUUAAAGACCAGGUUUUCUGGCAGAUUGAAAAGAGAAUAGCUACGUGAAAUAUUUCAGAAGCAUUUCUUCUUACUGGAGAAUGACUGUAUCAGUUGUCUUUAAAGCAGUUUCUCAGACUGUUAGGAGUUUUGUUGUAUCCAUUUUGUUAUUUGUAUAUAACAUUUUGGCUUUUAUUAAACUUCCAUGAUUAGUAUUG